AAACGGAGAUCAGUGCGUUAUAACGUCAUUCAUCUUAUUUCGACCCCUUAGUUGUUGAGCUGUAAGAUCUCUCAGCGAAGACAUUUUUCUCACCCGGCCAAGCAGCACCAAUAGAAACUAUGCGUGAGUGCAUCUCUAUACAUGUUGGUCAGGCUGGUGUCCAGAUUGGCAAUGCCUGUUGGGAGCUGUAUUGUCUUGAGCAUGGUAUUCAGCCUGAUGGGCAGAUGCCCAGUGACAAGACCAUUGGUGGAGGUGAUGAUUCCUUCAACACCUUCUUCAGUGAGACUGGAGCUGGAAAGCACGUCCCCAGAGCUGUGUUUGUAGACCUGGAGCCCACUGUCAUUGAUGAGGUGCGCACUGGGACAUACCGCCAGCUGUUCCAUCCAGAGCAGCUUAUUACAGGAAAGGAAGAUGCUGCCAAUAAUUAUGCCCGUGGUCACUACACUAUUGGCAAAGAAAUCAUUGAUCUGGUACUGGACAGGAUCCGCAAGUUGGCUGAUCAAUGCACAGGACUCCAGGGUUUCUUGGUCUUCCACAGCUUUGGUGGUGGAACCGGCUCUGGCUUUACCUCUCUGCUGAUGGAGCGUCUGUCUGUCGACUAUGGCAAGAAGUCCAAGCUGGAGUUCUCCAUCUAUCCUGCUCCUCAGGUCUCCACUGCUGUGGUAGAGCCCUACAAUGCCAUCCUGACCACGCACACCACCCUAGAGCACUCUGACUGUGCCUUCAUGGUAGACAAUGAGGCCAUUUAUGACAUUUGCCGAAGGAACCUCGAUAUUGAGCGUCCUACUUACACCAACCUCAACAGGCUCAUUGGCCAGAUUGUGUCCUCCAUCACAGCCUCUCUCAGGUUUGAUGGUGCCCUCAAUGUCGAUCUUACAGAGUUCCAGACCAACUUGGUGCCCUAUCCUCGUAUCCACUUCCCUCUUGCUACCUACGCCCCAGUGAUCUCAGCAGAGAAGGCUUACCAUGAGCAGCUCUCUGUAUCUGAAAUCACUAAUGCUUGCUUUGAGCCAGCCAAUCAGAUGGUGAAAUGUGACCCACGCCAUGGCAAGUACAUGGCUUGCUGCUUGUUGUACCGUGGUGACGUGGUGCCCAAAGAUGUUAACGCUGCAAUUGCCACCAUCAAGACAAAGCGCACCAUCCAGUUUGUGGACUGGUGCCCCACUGGUUUCAAAGUUGGCAUCAACUACCAGCCCCCCACUGUGGUUCCAGGUGGAGAUCUGGCUAAGAUGCAGAGGGCUGUGUGCAUGCUGAGCAACACUACAGCUAUUGCAGAGGCCUGGGCACGUCUUGAUCAUAAGUUUGAUCUUAUGUAUGCCAAGCGUGCCUUUGUGCACUGGUAUGUGGGUGAGGGUAUGGAGGAGGGUGAGUUCUCAGAGGCCAGAGAGGACAUGGCUGCCCUUGAGAAAGAUUAUGAGGAGGUUGGAGCUGAGAGUGUGGAAGGGGAGGAUGAGGGUGAAGAAUAUUAAUUUCUCUUUCACUUCCAACUAUUUCCUGUGUGUCAUUUUUGUGUGUUCUUUCUCACUUUUCCAGUGCUUAUCAUACUGAAAGGUCAAUUCACCUUUUAUUUAAUGGUUAUGAAUGAAGUUUGUAAUGCUUGUAAACAAUAUUUUCUUGUUUUCAUUGUCAGAUCUGUUACAUGACUCGCCAUUAUUUCCUAAAAUAGCACUGUGAUCACCAAAUAGGGUGCUUCUCAUUUAUUUUCUUUUGGAUUUUCUCCCCAAAUUGGCAUUACCAAUCUAGGUCCUCGUGGUGGCAUUGUGAUUCGCCUCAAUCUAGUUGAUGGAGGACAAAUCUCAGUUGCCUCCGCUUCUGAGACAGUCAAUCCGCACAUCCUAUCACGUGGCUUGAGCACGUUACUGCAGAGACCUAGCACAUGUGGAGGCUCACGCCAAUCCCCGUGGCAUCCAUGCUCCACUCGCCACAUGCCCCACCAAGAGCGAGAACCACAUUAUAGUGACCAUGAGAAGGUUAACCCAAUGUGACUCUACCCAACCUAGCAACCGGGCCAAUUGGUUGCUUAGGAAGCCUGACUGAGUCACUCAGCAUGCCCUGGAUAUGAAUUUUGCUACUCCAGGUGUGGUAGUCAGCGUCUUUACUUGCUGAGCUACACGUAUCACUGUGCUUCUCAUUUUUAAUUAUGCAUCCUCGAGCCUGUGACCUGGAAACCGAUCAAAGUCUGCCAUAAUUAAGGACGUGUCCAUUCUUUAAAUGCAUCACGAGGAUGGAGGAAGCUUCUAGACGAUCCUUGAGCAAAGAAGCACAGGAGGUUACUGUGUGGAAGACUUUCUGGUCGAAGCACCUGGCACAUCCAAAAAUCCUCCUUCCCCUUCACAUCUGACACAGCAGUCUUAAUUCAUGUUUCACCUUUGAUGUUUAAAUAAUCCUUAAUUGUCAUAAACUUCAACAGUGCAUUUUGAAUUAUUUGGAUAUAUUAUGAAUAUAUGAAUAAAGUUUCAAUAACAUUUAACGGCAAGUUUGCCGAGGUACUGCAGCUGCGCAAAAACGCACUCUGAAGUCACACUUAAGUGAGCAAGGACUUUCCAUUUUACAAUUGCAACUUUCUUUGUUUCCUCCAUCCUUGUUUCCUUUCCUACCAUCCUUUCUUCGUUUCCUAAGAGGGUGGAGCAAGGAAACGAGGAAAGAAUGGCAGGAACGGACACUAGGGUUCACAAUUUCAGAAAUGAGAAGCACCCAGCAUAGUGUGAAACAAAAUUGUGGUAGAGUGCUUUUUUUUUUACAACAGUAAGCAAAAUAUAGAGUGAGAUUGAUGCAAAUUCAUGCAGUAUUAAACAUCUGUGUAACUUAGUCAACAUGAGCUCAACACAUGUUCCUUUCCCUCUUGUGCAUUAUUCCAGUUGAGAUAAAUAAAAAUAGGUCUU